UGUGCAACUUUUGACCAAAUGUGGACUUCUUCAGGCAGGAUCCCUUGUGGGUGCCUGGGAACUUCGAUAUUUACUAACAAAAUUGAGACAUUUAAAUCUUCUCUCACUAUAAAUUCUCCUUAUAAGUCCUUGGGUCGCCAAAAUCGAUUAAUGUCGACACCAGAGGGAGAAGACUUGGUGGAGAUCAUUGAAGACGCGCCAUUAGACCUCACAAAAUACAUCAACCAUGUAAGAAACCCUAGCUCUGGAGCCAUUGCUACCUUCUCUGGUACAACAAGAGACAGUUUCAAUGGAAAAAGGGUUCUUGAGCUCAGGUAUGAAGCCUACAUACCCAUGGCCAUUAGAGAGUUAAGGUCCAUUUGCUCAUCUGCUAGGUCAAAAUGGAAGAUCAAAUCCAUUGCCUUGGCUCAUAGGCUUGGUGUUGUACCAGUUGGUGAAGAUAGUGUUUUCGUUGCAGCCUCUUCGGUUCAUCGGAUUGAUGCCUUGAAUGCCUGUAAAUUUCUUAUUGAUGAGAUAAAGGCUAGGGUUCCGAUUUGGAAGAAGGAGGUUUAUGAGAAUGGUGAGGUUUGGAAGGAGAAUUCCGAGUUUUUCCUGAAAAAGUUUGGCUUAUCAGAAGAAGCGAAGGCCUGUGAUGGUUCUGAGAAACCUGGUUUUGAGAAAUUGGGGUUUGGGGAUGGGGGACUAGGAGAUGAUAAUGGGCAAUUAGGGUUGGAUGAAGGCGGGGGAAACCCUAAUUACGGGCGUUCGAGUUGUUGCAGGCAUAAGGAGAGGGUGAGCUCAGGCAUGGAAAAUGGCAAAGAAGACGACAAAGAGAGAGAAAAUAUGUGAUUGAACAAACCCAGGCGUUUGUGUUAUUUGAUGUUCCAGCCUCAUGUAUUCAGACCAGAAGGGUCACAUUAGCAACUAAGGUGUUGAUUAGAAAUGGGAUAUUAUCUGAAUUAAUUUAUCGUUGAUAUGCAUAUUAUCUUUUCUUUAUGAAAUAACAGUAUAUUAGUAUUGGUAAAUCAAUAUGAUAUAAGUUGUCUGAAA